GAGAGGGGGAGGAGCCUCCAGUGAAAGUGAAAGUGUUCAGACUCGUUCUAACUUCAAGGAGCAGACGGAGGAGACGUGAAGUCUGAGGCUGAUAAACAUUGAAACUGGUGUGAAAGAUCAUUUCACUGUGUUCUGCUGUAAACUGAGCAAGAACCAGAAGGAAAUAGACCAGACCUUGAAUAUCUAGAAGAGCAGCGUGGCCUGAACCACAACUGAGCCGCAGCCGGUGCAACAUGGACGAGGACACUUCAGAGCAAGUUGGACCCUCAACCACAAAAGGUCAGGACCACAGACUGAGAGCAGAGUCUCCAGGGUCCAGCUGUCUGUCUCUGAAGAGUGACCGGUCCAUGAGACGUCCUCCACUCUUCAGUAAUGAACCUGGACCCUCACACACAGAGGAGAGGAAGAGGAGUCAUGUCUCUGAGGAGGAGCAGUCGUCCUGCUGUGCUUCGUGUCAGGACGUCCUGAAGGAUCCAGUCUCCACCAGCUGUGGACACUGGUUCUGCAGACAGUGCAUCACCUCAUACUGGGACCAGUCUGGUUCUUCAGGAGACUCCUCCUGUCUCCAGUGUGGAAAAAGAUCCAGAACAGGAGCUGGAGCAGAUCGUGGUCUGCAGGAGGUUUCAGAUGAACAUAAGCUCAGUGUGAGGAGGAGAUGUGAACAUGUGACUGAAGGAACUGAUGAAACAAGAAGUAGAACCCUCCUCAACAGGAUCUACACUGAGCUCUACAUCACAGAGGGACAGAGUGAAGAGGUUAAUACUCAACAUGAGGUGAGGCAGCUUGAGACGGCUUCCAAGAAGAAGAUCCUCCAGGACACUCCCAUCAAGGUCCACGACAUCUUUAAAGCCUCCACUGACCAGCAGAGCAGCAUCAGAGUCGUCCUGACCAACGGAGUCGCUGGCGUUGGAAAAACCUUCUCGGUGCAGAAGUUCACUCUGGACUGGGCAGAGGGUUUAGAGAACCAGGAUGUGGGUCUGCUGGCUGUGCUUUCGUUCAGGGAGCUGAACCUGGUGAAGGACCAGCAGCACAGUCUUCUCACGCUGCUCCAUGUUUUCCAUCCAGCGUUACAGAAGCUCACUGCAGAGACGCUCGCUGUCUGUAAACCUUUGUUCAUCUUUGACGGCCUGGAUGAAAGCAGACCUUCUCUGGACUUCAACCACAGGGAGCUUGUGUCUGAGGUCACACAGAGGUCAUCAGUCAACGUGCUGCUGACAAACCUCAUCCGGGGGAAUCUGCUUCCCUCGGCUCUCGUCUGGAUAACCUCCAGACCUGCGGCGGCCAAUCAGAUCCCUCCUGCAUGUGUUGACAGGGUCACAGAAGUACGAGGCUUCACUGAGGCCCAGAAGGAGGAGUACUUCAGGAGGAGGUUCAGUGAUGAAGAGCUGUGCAGCAGAAUCAUCUCACACAUCAAGAUGUCCAGGAGCCUCCACAUCAUGUGUCAAAUCCCAGUCUUCUGCUGGAUCAGUGCUACAGUUCUGGAGCACAUGUUGACCACAGACCAGAGAGGAGAGCUGCCCAAGACCCUGACUGACCUGUACUCACACUUCCUGCUGGUUCAGACAAAGAGGAAGAACAACAAGUACGGUGAGGGACAUGAGACGAGUCCACAGCAGCUGAUGGAGACUGACAGGGACGUUCUCCUGAAGCUGGGGAGGCUGGCACUUAAACAUCUGGAGGAAGGAAACAUCAUGUUCUACCAAGAAGACCUGGAGCGGUGUGGUCUUAAUGUCACAGAGGCCUCGGUGUACUCAGGAGUUUGUACUGAGAUCUUCAGAAGAGAGUGUGUGAUCUUCCAGAAAUCAGUCUACUGCUUUGUUCAUCUGAGCGUUCAGGAGUUUCUGGCUGCAGUCUACAUGUUCCACUGUUACACCGAGAGGAACACAGAAGAACUCAACAACUUUUUGGGAACAUAUGGGAACACAGACAGAACCUUCUCCCUGGAUGACCUCCUGAAGAGAACCAUGAAGAAAUCCCUCACCAGUACAAAUGGUCAUCUGGACCUGUUUGUUCGCUUCCUUCACGGCCUCAGUCUGGAGUCCAACCAGAGAGUCUUAGGAGGCCUGCUGGGUCGGACAGGGAACAAUCCAGAGAUCAUCCAGAGAGUCAUCAACAACCUGAAGGAGAUGAAGAGUGGUGACAUUUCUCCUGACAGAAGCAUCAACAUCUUCCACUGUCUGACUGAGAUGAACGACCACUCAGUUCAUCAGCAGGUGAAACAGUUCCUGACGUCAGAGAACAGAUCAAAGGAGAAACUCUCUGAGAUCCACUGCUCAGCUCUGGCCUACAUGCUGCAGAUGUCAGAGGAGGUUCUGGAUGAGUUGGACCUGAAGAAGUUCAACACAUCAUACCAGGGUCGAUGGAGACUGAUCCCAGCUGUGAGGAACUGCAAGAAGGCUCGACUCAUUGGUUGUGAACUCUCAGUGACUCACUGUGAAGUCGUGGCCUCAGCUCUGAAGUCAGACCCCUCACAUCUGAGAGAACUGGAUCUGAGUGGAAACCUCCACCUGCAGGAUUCAGGAGUGAAGCUGCUGUGUUCUGGACUGGAGAGUCCAAACUGUCGACUGGAGACUCUGAGGUUGAGACUCUGCAGACUGUCAGAGAUCAGCUGUUCUUCUCUGGCUUCAGCUCUGAGGUCAAACCCCUCUCAUCUGAGAGAACUGGAUCUGAGAGGAAACAACCUGCAGGACUCAGGAGUGAAGGAGCUUCUUGAUCUACAGCAGAGUCCAACCUGUCGACUGGAGACUCUGAGGUCAGUAGAUGGUUGGAGUCAGUCCACGCUGCUUUCAUCAGUAUGUUACUAAACACAGUCAGUAUCACAGAUCCAGGGUCUGUGCUACCAAGCAGGAUUUGUGGUUAUCAGGUUAACUUCAGGUUUAGUUUUUUCAGUUCUACGAAGCUCGUCCACUUCUUAACCAGGUCAAUCACCAUGGUAACUUCUGAUGACAGCUAACCUGCUCCAGGUUAAGUUGGAGAUCAACCCGUAUAGAAGCUCCGCCCACUGACCACAGUGACUCUACACUGUUGUGUGGUGCACACUCUCCUUAAAGGGACGGAUAAGGGAAGUUUAAAUCAACGUCUGGUUGGUUCAGUUGAUCUCUAACUCACCCAGAACAUCUCAAUGUCUCCAGACUCAUCCUGUCCCCAAAACACCAGAGGACCUCAGCUUCCUGGAGACAGGUCCAUGUGUGUGUCCUCAGAGACAGUGAGACAGUGUGUGUCUUCAGAGACAGUGAGACAGUGUGUGUCCUCAGAGUC